UUUAGUGUUAGGUUCCUUGUAUCUUGGGGAAAUCAAGCGAAUGUUUUCAGGGAUCUGGGAAGAUUGAGGGAUUGACACGUUUGCGGGUGAACUGUCUACUGUCUUUUUAAGGGAGUAAAUGGCACAGACGUUUACUUCUGGCUCGGAGCAAACCGAACCUAUUAUGCGGACGCUUUGAGACCCGUCGUUGCAACCUGGUCUCAGAGCAUUUCGAGACACUCCAUUUAGUAUGAUAUGUUACGUUUCGUAUGCCUAGACUGUCCUUAUCGUUCCUAUGUACUGUAAUCAAUGGAGCCUCAAGAUCUAACCAAAGUGGUUCUGCUGGCUUGUGGGUCUUUCAACCCCAUAACCAAUAUGCACCUGCGUAUGUUUGAAUUGGCACGGGAUUACCUGGAAGAUACAGGACAGUACAUAGUUGUGAGGGGCAUCAUCUCUGCAGUGGGUGACGGCUAUAAGAAGAAGGGUCUGAUUGAGGCCUGUCACCGUGUAGAUAUGGCCAGGCUGGCCACAGACACCUCUGACUGGAUCAAGGUAGAUGCAUGGGAGAGCCAGCAGCCUGACUGGGUGGAGACAGCUAAAGUGAUGCGGCAUCAUUAUAAAGAACUGAUGACAGCGGAACAGAACAAUGACUAUGUGGACACUGCAAAGAAGAGGAGGAUUGAGGCGACAAAGCACGCUUUCGAGGAUCCAUCCUCAUAUCACACAAGGAGAGACAACGGCCCUCAGCUGAAACUCCUGUGCGGCGCGGACGUCCUGGAGUCCUUCGGCGUUCCCAACCUGUGGAAGCACGAGGACAUUGCCGAGAUCGUGGGCCGCUAUGGCCUGGUGUGCAUCACCCGCAACGGCUGUGACGCCCACAAGUUCAUCCACCAAUCGGAGGUGCUGUGGAAGCACCGCAAGAACAUCCACGUGGUACGCGAGUGGGUGACCAACGAGAUCUCGGCCACGCACGUGCGCCGGGCCCUGUGCCGGGGCCAGACCGUCCGCUACUUACUGCCGGACCCGGUGGUGAGCUACAUCCGGGAGCACGGCCUGUACAGUGCCGAGAGUGAGCAGAAGAACGCUGACGUCGUCCUCGCCCCACUUCAGAGACACACCGGCCCCUCCUCCAGCUGAGGUGGCCAGCCAUAUUGCCUGCUGCAAACUUGAAUGCCUUGAUGCCUUGUCAAACGUGGUUUCCAUAUGUUUGAUACCUUUACGAUUUAUUUUCUAGCCAUUACAAUUAGCCCGUCUUCCUACAGCUCCUCCCACCAGCCUCCUCUACUUGAGACUGUGUAGUAGAAGCAUUUAUCUUUUACUGGUUUGAGAAGAUUUGUGACUGAAUGCACAGAUAUUUUUGUAUCAGUUGAAGUAGACUGCUCACCAGUGCUAGAAUGAGUUUGCACCAGAAUAGCCUCUUGUGUGGCAUCUCCUCAGAGAAUGGGUGAAUCUGCUAAAGAUUUAAAUGAAUAACUGUGUUUUGUAGAAUAGUAUAAGCACCCAAGUAGUGGCAAUCCCAAGUGCCAGAAUGUAAACCCUUGAUCUGGCACUAACAGUCAAUCUGGUCCGUAGAGCACUUUAUCUGUAUAAUAGCACAGAUCGAAACCCAUGAUUAUUUGUGUACAAAUGAGAAUUCCUUGAUUUACAAUGAGCCUGAUGCAUAACUACAGAAAUGUUUCAUUUCGAAAUGCAAUGCAGUGAUUAACAUGCUCGUCCACCCUUGAGUACCUUUUAAAUGCUGGGGCUUUAGUGUGUGUGUGUGUGUUUGACAAAUUCCCUCAGGCAAAGGCAGUUGGUAUAUAUGGAAGCCGUUUACAGAUAUAGUAGGCUAGAGUGACAUACAAACGGCAUGGUGUGUAUUGAGAGAAAUAAAACGCUGUCUUUGUUUUGCAGCUUGUGAACACUUC